CUGAUGUUAUCGAUAAAGAUUCAACAAUUUCUGCCCGUCAUUCGCAUUGUCAUUCCGCUAAAGUUUUUUGCUGCAGCAUUUUUUAAAUAAAUAAUAAUGUAUUUGGAUAGUGCUCGUGACGUGCCCCCAGCAGGCUUCAACUUCGACAAUUGUCGCCGCAACGCCGCCUUGUUGCAGGGAGGCUUCAAGCCGCCGACAACCACAAAAACUGGUACAACUAUUGUUGGUAUUGUUUAUAAGGAUGGUGUUAUCCUAGGUGCGGAUACCCGUGCCACCGAGGGACCCAUUGUAUCCGACAAAAACUGCGCCAAGAUUCAUUAUCUGGCCGACAAUAUUUACUGUUGUGGUGCUGGCACUGCUGCUGAUACUGAAACGACCACGGAUUUAAUUUCAUCGCAGCUGGAGCUGCAUCGCCUCAACACAGAGCGCCAAGUGCCCGUUGUGGCCGCCAACAACAUGCUGAAGCAAAUGUUGUUCCGCUAUCAGGGACACAUUAGCGCUGCUCUAGUCUUGGGCGGAGUUGACAAGUUUGGCGCACACAUUUAUUGCAUUCAUCCCCAUGGCAGUGCUGACAAAUUGCCAUACGCCACCAUGGGCUCAGGCUCUUUGGCUGCUAUGGCUGUGUUUGAAAGUCGCUGGAAACCCGAUCUAACCGAGGAGGAGGGCAAAUUGCUGGUGCGUGAUGCUAUUGCAUCGGGUAUUUUCAACGAUUUGGGCUCUGGUUCCAAUGUGGAUUUGUGCGUCAUACGCAAGGAUAGCACCGAAUAUCUGCGCAACUAUGAAUUGGCCAACAAGAAGGGCGAACGUCAGCUCAAUUACAGUUUCAAGAAGGGCAGCACACCGUUGUUGCACACCACCAUCAAGGACUUGCAGAUCACCGAGCGUGUGCACGCUGUGCCUAUGGAGAUCUCUUAACUUGGGCUGGCUUAGAUUUAAAAUAUACACAAAUGGAAAUGCAUCGUCAUAGAUUAUGCUGAGGUUCAAUAAACAAUAAAACACACGA